GGCCUUGCGCACUGGCGAUGCCCUCCUGCAAAGAGGAGGAGUUCCCGGCGGGGACCUUGUGCUGCCCCAAGUGCAGGCCAGGCUACCGGGUGAAGGAGCCCUGCGGGGAGUUCACGGGCACAAUGUGUGCGCCCUGCACCCCGGGCACCUACACUGCCCACCUCAACGGCCUGCCCGAGUGUCUGCCCUGCCGCGUCUGUGACCCAGGCCUGGGCCAGGUGACCAGACGGAACUGCUCCACCCGGACCAACACCGUGUGUGGCUGCGAGCGCGGCCACUUCUGUGAGCGACAGGACGGUGACUCCUGCGUCCAGUGCAGGCCCCACAGUGUCUGCUGCCCGGGCCAGAAGGUGCGGGAGACAGGCACCGAGUGGGAGGACACGCUGUAUGAAGACUGCCAGCCGGGCACCUUCUCUGCGGGGGGCACCCAGGCAGCCUGCACGCCCUGGACCAGGUGCAGUGGCCCCCUUUCCUGGGAAGCGACGCCUGGGACCAAAGCUCAGACGUGACAUGCUCCUCUGUGGGCCCCGUCAUCAUCAUCAUCAUCAUCAUCAUCAGCGUGAUCCUCGUCAUCGCUGUCAUUUCUGUGUCAUGUGUGCGCAGGGCCAUCAGGGACAGAAGGUCACGUG